AUGUAUGGCCAGGGAGACGAUGAUGAUGAAGAUGAUGAUGAAGAUGAUGCAUUCUUGAGCGACGGAGACAGUCUCAACACUGAGACUUCAAUUGAGGACGUGGGUGUUUGA